UGUGCUUAUUAUUUUAUGUGAACCGAAAACAAAUUCUAGAAAUGAACAGAAAAAUACAAUAAAAAAUAUGUAUGCAGCUUUCUAUUAAAACAUUUAAAAUUUAUAAAUGGUUGAAACUAAAGGUUACGUAGGUAAUAAAAGCGCCCCUUUGCUGUUGCGCAGAAGGGCCGGUUUUCGAUUCAAAUGCAGCAAAGGGUGCGUGUAGUCGAUUCGAUCUGGACGUGUCCUUUCUCAUUAAACAAUCAACAAAGGUACAGUGUAAAGGGUGCAUUACGUGAGCCAACAAAGCUUUUGCAUUAUUGAUCGCGGGAAGAGAAGCUUUGAAUCGAUAUUGUGUCCAGUAGCGUGACAUUCGCAGCUUUUGCAAUAACUAUCCAUUUACUAGUUUACUGAACCUACCACAGAUGGUUGUUGAGAGUGGUAAUGACGAAACCAUAAACCGGCGCACAACAGGGGGUAAGGAUGUGUGAGGAAUCCGCAUGCUUGGUACCUCCGUUGGAACAGAAUCAAAAUGGGCCAAACGAAUCCCGACUGUCAUCAGGCAGCACCGCAGGAACCAGCCACAAUGGCGAAGCCCUUGUUGGUUUCCACGAAGACGCCUUAUCACAAGCAGCUGUGGGAAAAGCCCAACUCCUCCUAGCCUUAGUCUUAGGCCUUGGCCUUGCCGCCGAUUGUUCCGAACUAACCAUUCUGGGCUACAUCCUACCAGCUGCGGAGCUCCAACUGUGCAUAGACGAGCACAAAAAAGGAUGGCUGGUUUCCAUCACUCUUUUGGCUCUUGCAGGAGGGUCUCUCGCGUGGGGCAUCCUUGGCGACCAUCUAGGCCGUCGAAGAGCUCUAAUUAGUGCUCUUUCAGUCGCUGCACUUUUCUCUGCAGUUGCAACAGUGAUGCCAACGUACGGAACAUUUAUGACAGCCCGGUUUUGUUCUGGAUUGGGGGUUGCAGGAGCGUUUCCGUUGACGUUUAGUUAUUUGUCUGAAACAUGCUCGCGGGCCACUAGGACUCGAUACACAGGAUUGCUGUACUCGUUUUGGCCCUUGGGGGCUAUUUUUACAUCUUUGAUCGCCCAUUUAACCAUGCCUACUAGCGGGGCUGAAAUAGUCGAAGAUAAUAGAGAACAUUGGAGUUCUUGGCAUCGCUUUCUCAUUUUGAGUAUUCUUCCCACCCUUGGUUGUAUUGUUGGGUUAAUUUGGGCGUCUGAGUCGCCGAGGUACCUUCUGGAAGCUUCGAGAGAAGUUGAAGCUUUGGCCGUGUACCAGAGGCUCCACAGGUUGAAUAAAGCACGAACCCAAUAUGGAUUAACUGAGUUGGAGCUGCCAGGAAGGAGUGCCUACAGGGAGAGACCCAUGAGCCCUUCGAGAAAUCUGUUUGGACAUGGUUUAGAGUCUUUUCGGGAAGCUUUUCAACGCAUCUCUUCUCCAACACACUUUCGCACAACUUUACUUCUAGCAGCCUUGCACCUUAUCGUGGGUUUCACCUACAUGGGAAUAUCAAAUUUUUCCACGUCCAUGAUUAAACAAAUUAAAGAUCAAGAGUAUUUUGCGGAAAGAAAUUAUAUAUUUGAUAGAAAUUUCACAGGAGUUCUUUUCAACAGUACUUUAGAAAAUGUUGAAUAUAAAAACACUCUUUUCAAAAAUGUGACCUUCAAACAUAUCAACUUGAAUCAUGUAGAAUUUCUGAAUUGUACUGUUGACGAAGCCGAAUUUAUAAAUGUGAAGUCGUCCAUUACUUACUUCAAAAACUCGACCAUUAAAGAUUCGAGGUUUGUCGAUACUGACCUCACCCAUCACCAUUUUCUCAAUUGUACAUUGAGCAAUAAUACUUUUAUGUCAUUGAUAUCUGAUUGCAUUGUCGAUUUUGAUUAUAACAUCUAUUUGGAUGAUUUGUACGAAGACACUAUAGCAUGGGCAGGUUCCAUGUUUCCAGCUUUGCUUUUUAUGGGUUUCAUCUUAGAAACUGCAUCAAGACCACCCAUCAUUUUUACCACCAUGGGUACCGCAAGUAUUACAUGUAUUGGCAUUUUCUUUUGGACGAAUACUUUUGUUGUGACACUUAUUGAGUUGACAGUCAAAAUUAUGUUAAUGUGUGCUGUAAAUGCAAUUAAUAUGGUGGUAGUCGAAGGAUAUCCAUGCCAUUUAAGAUGUACCGCUCAUGGUAUGAUGCGCAGUUUGUUCCAUUUAGCGUCCCUUUGUGCCAUCCCCAUCUAUGGUAUGUUUGGUCACACAAUGUUAAUGUUCCCCGCUGUGAUCACCAUUUCUUUGACUUUUGGGGCCGCUUUAUUGUCCUUGAAGAUACAAGACAACAGUAAAGUUCUUUUGUAAUAUUUUUUGCCCGAUCUGUUUGUAGAUUGUGUCUGUGAUAUUAUUUUUAAAACGAUAAUCACCUUGUAUUAAAGUGUUUAGAUGAGAUAGAUGCGUCAAUUAUAAUACGCUUUUAUUUUCUAAACAGUUAGUUUUUUUCAUAAAGUUCAAGCUAUUGCAUAUCAAUCCAUGUAUGCCUGAUGCAUAGGAAACAAGUCAAAUUAUAAUUCUUGGAACCCUUUUUACAUAAUGAAAGAUUAAAAGAUCGUAUAUUGUCCUCAUGGUUAGUGAAAAUAUUACCAAUAUUGUAAUUUAUUUUUAAUUGUUGAAGAAAUAAAUCCCGCUUAAAAAUUCA